AUGCCUUGGAGUAGAUUUCAAAAACUCCGUCUUGUCCUCGAACGUAGAAAAUUGGCUGAGGAAUUUCCUCAAAAUGAUAUCAAAUGGAUUGAUCCAAGCGGCGACACGAAAAUUGAACUAGAGGUUACAACCAACCGUAACAAUGUCUACCGUUUGCGUCUACACGUUCCUGAAGAUUUUCCAAACUCAGUACCGGAGUUGGUUGUCUGCGGAUCGCCUCGACCAAUGCCAGAGUGGGAUGAGAGUCACGAGAAUCAUACUUUAGAAAGGCGAGGAGAUCUUAUUAAUAUAUGCCAUAAUUAUUACCGUCACUGGUCCCCAAGAGAUAACCGGAUUGUGGAUGUUUUCAAAAAAGGUCGCCAGUGGUUGGAAGCUUAUGAAACUUCACUUAAAACAGGCCGACCUAUGGAUUUUUAUUUAGACGAUGUAGAUCUGCCAGACGUGCCAGUUUCAGAGAAUACAUGUGCGUUUCAGUAA